AUGUGUGGAAUUUCGCAGCAGACCAAAGACACUUUAUAUCGAAACCAGCGCAAAAAGACGAAGUGCACAGGGGAGCGCCCUAUCUGCUUUCAUUGUCGCCGCAAUCGCCUAGCUUGUGUCUAUGAGCCAUAUUCUGCGACCGUGAACGAUGGCGGUCGGCCAGCCCCUCUGUCCACCUUGGCCAACAAUCUCAAUAAUGUCGAACUUCUACAACGACUAAGCACUAUAGAAUCUCGCCUUGCUGAACUCAGUGGACAACCCAACCGAAAUGAUAAUGAUAUCCCGAAUUUCUCGUUCGGUGACGAACCCAGCUCACCGCUGCACGAUACGAUCGCUUCACAACCAUUCCCCCCGAUGCGAAACUCUCCCAUCGAGAAUUCAAUCUUCCCUCCUGCUCCUGUUCUACGAUCAGUGAUUGAUACAUAUUUCGAACAUGUCCAUAAUCAGCCAUAUUCCUACUUUCAGGAGAUCUCCUUCCGUCAGAAACUAGAGUCAAACGCUCUGCCUCGCUGUUUGAUACUAGCUGUGCUUUCUUCCGCCGUCCGGUUUUCUGCUCAUGAAUACUAUGCGGGAAAGACACGGGAGGCCUCCGAGAAAUAUGCCAGAGAGUCAUGGCUAUCGGUGCUCGCAGACCAUCUCACUGUAGAAGACAGUUUAAAUGUACAUGUCGUACAAACGGUGAAUCUGCUGGCUGUUGUGGACUAUACCGCUGGUCGUGUUAGCUCGGGAUGGUUGAAGAUUGGUCUUGCCGCCCGCAUCUCCCAAGAUCUCCAUCUUAUGACAGAGCCCGAGGCAUGGUUACCCUACUCAGAACAAGAAGAGCGGCGACGCGCAUUCUGGUCCGCCUACCUAAUUGACAAGUUGAUUUCCUGCGGUAAAUCCAGGCCAUUGGUGAUCCUCGAUCAGGACUGCAAUUUGCAGCUUCCUUGUGACGAGGACACGUUCAACAGAGGAGAAUGGAAGAAAACUAACACACUUGAUCAACUCCUCAACUGGAACACCCAAAUUGCCGACGAUCCCAGCGGCUUUGGCCUGGUUAUUCUGAUGGCGUCUAUCUUUGGGCGUUGCACAAGAUAUGUCCAUCAAAAUCGCAAGUCUGACGAAAUCCCACCCUGGGAUACGAAAUCAGACUUUAGCGGAAUCAACUCAUCCUUGUUGCUCCUAGAGUCCUAUUCCAAAUUGAGCACUCAGAAAAUCUCUGAAAUUGUUCAACAGAGUCGCCACGGCAACACUGAUAUCGACCGACAGCAGAUUGGGCAUCUUAUCUUUGCACACACUUUGUACCAUCUCUGUCAUUGUCUUUUGAAUCACCCUUUCCUCAUGCGCCUCCGUCUCAAGCCGUUUGGGUCAAAAGUCCCUCCCAGUUUCUCUGCACGGGCCCUCCAAGCUGGCUGUGACCAUGCUAAGCAGCUGAUGGAUCUCGUCCGAGAUGCCACAGAGAGUGGAUGUCGGAUAGAGUCUUCAUUUUAUGCUUACUGUAUCGCCGUGGCCGGGGGUAUCCACUCCCUGGCAUCACACCUCGAGCAUCAGAGUACGGCGCGUCGCCAGUCGGAUAUUAUGCACUACUUCAAUGAGAGUGUCGAAUCCCUGGAGAGAUUGGCAAAGCUUUGGGUGCAUGCAUCGAAUAUGGCUUUACGCCUGCGGGAGUUUCAUACUAUGUCUCAUCGUUUUGCGAGUUUGUUGGAUCCAAAGUGUCUCACGGAAGAGCUUGACCCAUCCUGUGAGGAGGUCUGCUGGUCAAUGAUAGACUACGCAAUUCUAGGCGCAGAUCCACGUAAGAAGCCGCUCAUCUCCAAGACUGGAUUUUCCAAUCUGCCGUCUCCAAGUCAAUGGGCUCUUGGACCUGAACCUCUUGGUGGUGAGACGCCACGAUUUGAUGGUACUAGCACGGAUAUUUUCAGUGGACUCACACCGACUAUGCGAUUUGAGAUCAUGGUUCCCAAAAAUGAAUUGUCACCCUGGAAGGGCGUCGUGUCUGGGACAACCGCCGCUGUUCUUGCAAAUGUCCUUGUAUACCCACUGGAUAUAGUCAAAACGCGACUACAGGUUCAAGUUCAUCAGCACCGAACCAAGCAUGGAAACGAGGAAACCGAUCACAUCAGAAUACAAGACGCACAGUAUACGGGUGCAGUCGACGCGAUCCGGAAGAUAUUGCGACAAGAUGGUAUUUCUGGCUUAUACGGUGGACUUGAGAGCUCCAUUGCUGGCACGGCAUCCAUGAACUUUGCAUACUUCUACUGGUCUGCCGCCGCACGAAGUGUGUACCAACAUGGUCUUGAAUAUUACGGCAUUGAGGAUUUCAAUAGCAUCAUCAAGGAGUUCGGUCUUGGGGCUGUCGGCGGGGCUCUGGCUCAAUUAUGCACAACUCCUAUUGCAGUGAUAGCUACGAGGCAACAGACUCGCAAGGCGGGUGAUGGGAAACAGUCCAUGUGGGAAACUAUGAUUGAGAUCGUUUCCAGUGAGGAUGGGUGGACCGGUUUAUGGAGAGGAUUCAAGGUCAACCUCAUACUUGUGAUCAAUCCCAUGAUCACUUAUGGUGUGUACCAGUGGUUGAGGGGUGGUCUCGUCGGGUUAAAGAAGCAAGUUGGGUCUAUAGAUGCUUUCUGUUCGUAUCUUUCUCCCUCCACGAAACCGUCCACGGGGCUUACUGUUUCCAACCAAAUUCCAGUACUCGGUGCCCUUUCAAAGGUUCUGGCCACCAUCGCCACACAUCCUCUCAUCGUAGCAAAGACCAUGUUGCAAUCAAAACCCCCACCGCAGCGCCGCGGUGUAGCAUUUCGAGGUUUCACCGAAGUCCUACUCUAUAUUAUAAAGCAUGAGGGGAUACUUCGGCUGUACAAAGGUCUGAUUCCGCAGAUCGUCAAGGGAUUUAUCGUCCAAGGUCUCAUGAUGAUGUUGAAAGAAAGGUUAGUCUUUUCAUUGAUUAUUUCUCCGUUAUUCUUUAUUGACGGAGAUGACCAGGACCGAAACCCUUAUGUUGAUGCUAUUUUCGCUUCAUCAACGCCGUUCCUACCGCAGACUGACUCUCAAGGGAUCACCUAG